UUUUUCUUUUCCUUCAUAAUUACGAGAAAAGCACACUGACUUGUUCUCCUUGUGCUAUCUAUCUGCUUCGUUCGUCUCUGGAAACCACACAAAACAAUCGAGGAAAUUGAAUCGUACGUCGGUUUCUAAAUUUAGUUUCCCUGUUUGUGUGUGUGUGUGUGUUUGACGUAUUUGUUUGAUCGUUUCAUGAUCCACUCGAUUCUGGACGUCUAAAUUUAUCUCCUUUUCAUGAAUCGAGAUCUUUGUAAUCCUUAGGUGAUACCAAAGUUAGCUUACUUACUUCACUGAUGGGCUUCACUUCUGUUUAUCGAUCUCUUACGCAGAUAUUUCCUCAGGUUGAUGCACGAAUGUUGAGAGCUGUUGCAAUUGAACAUCCCAAGGAUCCUGAUGAGGCUGCUUCUGUGGUUCUCUCUGAGAUUCUUCCUUCCUUGCCCACUGAUUCUACUCAGUCUCUGAGCAAGUCAUCUCCAAGUAUUCCAGAGCGUGAAGUAGAACGUGAUUUGGAAGAUGUUGUUUCUAAGUACCACCACGACGGUUUGCUUGUAGCUUCUGCUUCAAAGUCCACCAGCGUCUAUUCUUCUUCUUCUUCAGAAACUAUCCCCUUGGUUACUGGUCGUGGCCAUGACGAUACCAGUGCUCCAAGUACGCUACCAAAUGUUGGUCCUGGUGUUGUUUGCCACAAAGAUGUGGAAAGUGAGGAGCAAGUCCAAUCUUUAGGAAAGGCUCCAGGACAAGAGCUUGGCAGCUAUGAUUUCUUUGGAAAGUGUUUUGAUGUUCCGAUCCUCCCACCACCACAAAUUGACUUGUUGCACGUGACAGAGGAUGAUCUUGCCUCAGUUUUCCCUGCUGUCCCACGAGACGGCGUCGAAUCGACUAGAGAUUUUUGGCAAAAGCUUGGUUUUCAUAUGACUUGGAAUCAAGCUGAAGAUUCAAUCACUAGCAUUGGUUCACUGAACGCUGCAGAGAAGGGAUCAUGUUUUCAAGUGGGGACUGGGAGUACACAUGAUCAGUCGUCAAAGAGUUCAGUGACAAGUGUAAAUGGAGAUGCUGAAGUAGGUGGUGCAUUUAGCUCAUCAACUCAUGGAUGUAGUGUUGAUCACCUUGAAGAGAUUAUCGAAUACUCCAAAACUAACAAGAAAACCUUGCUUGCUCUGAUGGACUCGGUUACGAGUCUGAUGAAAGAAGUUGAACUUGAAGAGAAGGAUGCGGAGAAGUCAGAGUUAGAAGCUGCUAGGGGAGGUUUGGAUACUCUUGAAAAGGUUGAGGAGUUCAAGAAGAUGCUGAAACAUGCCAAGGAAGCCAAUGACAUUAAUGCUGGAGAAGUAUAUGGAGAGAAGUCAAUUUUGGCAACUGAAGCAAAAGAGCUUGAAAACCGAUUGCUCAACUUAUCAGAAGAACGAAACAAAUCUCUUGCUGUCCUUGAUGAGGAGAAAUCUCUGUAAUAUGUCAAGAUGUGAAGCUGUUGAAAGAAAAAUUUGACAACAGAGUGUCAAUACCAAAAAAAGCAGCCACCUCAAGCCUGACUAGUUCAUGCGGAUCAUCUGUGAGGAGCUUGGUGCUCGAGACUCUUGCUGAGCCGUUGAAUGGAAUGCUUGAAACCUCCUCAAGCAAUAACAAGAUCCCAGAAGAGGAAGAAGCAUCUUCCACCAUGAACAAAUUGAAAAAUGAUUGUAGAGAGCUUCUUGAAGAUGGUUGGGACAUCUUUGACAAGGAGAUUGAACUUUAAGGUGGGGUUGGUGGCUUGGUUCUGAAGGAACGUACAUAUAGGGUUGGUAUUGAUAUAGAAAACGCUAUAACUUGAAAGAAUAAAAUGGAUUUGCGACCAUAUUUGGAUCAGGGAUUGUAUAAGAGCUAUGGAUUCUCUAUGUGGUUGAAACUCAAACCAGAUCACUUAUCAGCUAUGGUAUAUAGUUUUUUCUUAGUA